UUCACGUGACUCCACGUGAUCUUCUUCUUCUUCUUCUUCUUACAAUAUAUGAAAGCCCUAAGUCUUCAGAAUUGGCCGCCGCUUAGUUCAGUAUCGACUCGAAGAAGGAAGCAUGGUGGGAUUUAAGAACAGAUACAUGUUGAUGGAGGUAUUUAUGGAUCCAGACAAGGAUCUUCUCGGGGAAGGAACACCGAUUAUUCUUACACAGUUCAAUCUCUCCAAAGCAAUCAAAGACAGCAUCCUCGUCAAUUUCGGCGAGUGUGGUCUAGGUUCGUCUAUGGGAUCCUUCCAGGUGAAAUACGUGAAUCCAAUCACAAAGCUAUGCAUUGUUAGAUCAUCAAGGGAGGAUCACAGACAAGUUUGGUCGGCAAUCACGUUGGNGAAACUACCA